UAUCCUGCGAUGCUCUGAUUUUUACUCGUAAGUAUGGAAAUAAAUUUCGAUACCUGAACCAGUAAUUUUCUAGCAACUGGCAAAUUGUGGUAAGAAUUGUAUGUAAACGGCAGGAAACCGCAACCACUGUUAUAUUUUUUAACAAACAUCGAUAACUAUUUUAAUCAUCGAAUUAUUUUUAAAUUUUAAUAAAACGCAAGUUAACUAUCGUAUUGCAUCGUUUUUUCCUAUUGGUCCACUCUUUUUUAUCGAACCGUUUGUUGGAUAUCGUAUUUCGAAUCGGCGCUAAUUUUGCAAAAUGAGUAAUUAAAUUUAAAAACGAAAAAACAAAAAAAAAGAAAGGAAAACUCAAAAGAAAAGCAGAAAAACCCUAAACUAAAAAUUCUUAAAUGUUGCAAGAAAAGUGUUAUUAUGCUUAUAUAAAAACUUAACGUGCUAAUCUUUAACAUUAAGCCUUGUUUGUGGUGAGCCUAAACCUUAUAUAUGUGUCAUUCCCUAAAAAGAAAAAAAUCAAUUUCAUAUUUUUAACCUCAUUUUACGGGUUUCAUUUAAUAUAACACGAUAAUAUAGAGAAAAAAAAAGAAGAAAUCUAACAAAGUAUGGAUAAGAUAAGUUGCGUUUCACGAUAUUUGGACAUAAAAAUCCACAUUCUAUCUCUGUUGACAGAAUCAUUUUGCGAGUCGAGAAUUUCGGCACCAAUCGGCAAAACUCGGACGGAAUCGUGCGAGAUAUCUCCCUCCUCUUUCAGCUCUCGAGCUCCCGAUCUCGUCCGAUUGUUGCCGAAGUCAAAUUGCCGCUUAUCCUCGCGUUUCAACUAAAACUAUUUCGCUCGAAAUAAUACGAAAGCAUCGAGAUUUUUCGCUCGAAUUUUUUCAACCUGCAUCAAAUCCGCGAAAUCUCGCGAUUUCAAUGUCCAAAUAACAACUUGCAACUUUAUUACAUUUUGGACUUUUCGAAUUCUUCUCGGCGAAGAAGAUCGACAAAGUCUAGGAAAAGGAAAGAUAAAAAAGAAGUUGCAACUCGAAGCAACUGUGUGAUUGUUCUCACGGUGAUCGUUUAAAUGUAAUUUCAUGCUCUCUGUAACGGAAGUACUCGCCAAGCGCAGCGAUCGAAUGGUACUAUCAAUACCAGACCUUGUAUCUACGACUGAUGGCGGAAAAUCAAAUGAUGGCAGAGAACAAGGUGGUUUUCGAGAACGGCAAGUGCUCGACAACCGGCAAUGCGCAACAACCGGGCUCUGGGAAUUGCCUGAAAGAAUUCCACGUUGCCGCGGAUAAGUUGGCUAUGGAGAACGGUGUGGACGAGGCCCCACCGGCGGGGAACCAUGGAAUUACGGCGAACGUUCGCGAUCCUUCCAGCUAUUCUUGCCCACGUUGCGGCAAUGCUUAUUCGAGGCCUCACUCGUUGAACAGGCAUAUCAGGUUCGAGUGCGGAGUGGAGCCCCAAUUCGAGUGUCCCAUUUGCCAUAAGAAGUCGAAGCACAAGCAUAAUUUGGUUUUACACAUGAGAACUCAUCAAAAAACUUAAAUAACAGCCAGAGAGAGAGAGAGAGAGAGAGAGAGAGAGAAUCAUUCAGAA